AAAGUCCCUGGCCCGCUUCCUCCUGUGAAGACGUAGCUGCGGGUGGCUGUGGACAAGAUGUCGACCAAGAAUUUCCGAGUCAGUGACGGGGAUUGGAUUUGCCCUGACAAAAAAUGUGGAAAUGUAAAUUUUGCUAGAAGAACCAGCUGUAAUCGUUGUGGACGAGAGAAAACAACUGAAGCCAAGAUGAUGAAAGCUGGGGGCACAGAAAUAGGAAAGACACUUGCAGAAAAGAGCCGAGGCCUGUUUAGCGCUAAUGAUUGGCAGUGUAAAACUUGCAGUAAUGUGAAUUGGGCCAGAAGAUCAGAGUGUAACAUGUGCAAUACUCCAAAGUAUGCUAAAUUAGAAGAAAGAACAGGAUAUGGUGGUGGUUUUAAUGAAAGAGAAAAUGUUGAGUAUAUAGAAAGAGAAGAAUCUGAUGGUGAAUAUGAUGAGUUUGGACGUAAAAAGAAAAAAUAUAGAGGGAAGGCAGUUGGUCCUGCAUCUAUUUUAAAGGAAGUUGAAGAUAAAGAAUCAGAGGGAGAAGAAGAGGAUGAGGAUGAAGAUCUUUCUAAAUAUAAAUUAGAUGAGGAUGAGGAUGAAGAUGAUGCUGAUCUCUCAAAAUAUAAUCUUGAUGCCAGUGAAGAAGAAGAUAGUAAUAAAAAGAAAUCCAAUAGACGAAGUCGCUCAAAGUCUCGAUCUUCACAUUCACGAUCUUCAUCACGCUCAUCCUCCCCCUCAAGUUCAAGGUCUAGGUCCAGGUCCCGUUCAAGAAGUUCUUCCAGUUCGCAGUCAAGAUCUCGUUCCAGUUCCAGAGAACAUUCGAGAUCUCGUGGGUCGAAAUCAAGAUCCAGCUCCAGGUCCCACAGGGGCUCUUCUUCCCCACGAAAAAGAUCUUAUUCAAGUUCGUCAUCUUCUCCUGAGAGGAACAGAAAGAGAAGUCGUUCUAGAUCUUCUUCAUCUGGUGAUCGCAAAAAAAGACGAACAAGAUCACGGUCACCCGAAAGGCACCACAGGUCAUCUUCUGGAUCGUCUCAUUCUGGUUCCCGUUCAAGUUCAAAAAAGAAAUAAUGUAUUAAAAUUUAAAUCUUAAAAAAAAAAAAACAGUACAGUGCAUGAAGCAUAUUUUUUAAGAAGUUGAUGUCUUACUUGGUCAGAAGUGCUAAGUCUGCUAGUAUAGGUGCAUGCCUUUCAUUGCUUUUCAGAACAAUACAGCUGUGUUUAUUUGUGAAAUUAAAAGUAAACAGCAUUUUAAGCCAUAAUGUCCCAAAAUAGAUGCUAUAUUUAGCAUUCAUUAUUUGAAACCAUUUGCUUUAUUUACAACUGUCUCAGCUGUAAUGAAGUACUUUGUUUCCUAAUUUGAGCUGUUUUGUUUCCAAGUAUGUCUGGUCUGUUGACUAAGACAGAAUUACUAGGCUUGCCUGAACUUUGGACAUGGAGGCAGGGACUGGUAAACUAGUUGGAAACAGGCUGUUUAUGUUAACCUGGGAAAAGAAGUUAACCUGUUUAUGUUAACUUAUGUCUAAGUGACUCUUAGAAAAGAAUAUAAGCUAAAUCGCAAAACAGCCAGCCAGAAACGUCUUCAUUUUGAAAUUCCCUAUGUUAAGGAUUCCUUAGAAUCAGUCUCUUUUAUUCACUUUUAGUUUUUGUGCCACCAAAUUUAAUGUAAAAGUAUCUUGUGAAUUGUAAAAGGAGAAAGUCAUUACUCACUUCUCUCUUACUGACAAUUUUGGGCAAGAAGGAAACAGUCCAACAAUUCAUCUCUUCUCUAUUGAUAUGGUUGGCUGAUGAGAAAAAAAAAAUGAAAUGUUUAUCUUAAUAUUUUAAGAACUUUUGUGUGGUAGCCUUCAAAAAUCUAGUAGUCACAUGUGAUGGGGUAAAAAAGCUAUAUCAUAGUUGUUAAUGAAGAGCAAAUUGAAGAAAGCUGAAGUGUAUUUGUCUUUGGGUGAAAAGCCAGCAGAGACAUUGUGAAUUUAAAUGAAUAUUUGCCUUGAGAUGUUAAACUUUAAACACACUGCGUAAAAUUUUCUUCUGAAGUGUAAGUGGAUGCUUGUUUCUACAUGAUGUAAGCAGAAAUCAUUAUUGUCCUCAUUCACUUAAAGUUACUUAUGGCUUAAAAUGCUUUCAGAGUUUGUUUUAUUUCUCAAAAUUAAAAUCUGGCCACUUCAGCUCCAUUUUGUCUUUGGUUUAAAAAUAAAAAGGUUUCUCUUGACAGUAUCUUCAGUGAAAAUGCAAGGUAAGUAUAUUAAGGGAAGUCAACAAACAAUCUGUGCUUGGGGGCUUUUUGUCAUGGGUUAUUGAUUUUCUUUUUUUCUUUUUUCCCUUAACACUGAUGUCUACUGCAGUUUAAAUGAAAAUUAAAACAUUUUUAGGAUAUCUAGUAGACAGUCUGGACAAAAUUCUGUUUUUUAUUUUAAAAUGAGUGUUUUUCUCAACUGAUCUAAAUAUAUGAAAGCAUAGUAUCUUGCGUAGAACUAUUUUAAUAGUAUUUUUACAAUAAAGUUCCCCAGAUUUUUUUAUGCCUUACUUUCUUUGCUACAUUUACUGUAGGUUGCACAGGAACUUUUACUCUUCUUGUAAUUGUGCCUCAGACUUUUUGAAAGUCCGCCUUCUGAAUUGUCCAGUUCAGAUGAUCUUCUAGAUACUAUAUGGUUUAUUCUUGUGCUUUCUGUAUUUAAAACUUUGGCUGUACUAAGCAUUUGCAAGGUUAUAAAUUUAGCUAAUAGUAGUUAACAGAUAAUUCAGAUGAUUAUGAUUUCAUUUGGUUUAACUAAAACUGUACUAGUUCAUUUCAUAAGGAAAUGAUGCUGUAGACAAAUGUAAAUAAAGCCUGUGAGUCAA